CUUCAUUAUUACAUAUUACACUAGAGAAAAAGAGAACUAGACAUCAGGAAAUUCAAAGGGAAUAAUUUAAAGAAAAUACAUAACCUCUCUUUUUUUUCUUUAUCGUAGUAUCUGCUCUUAUACGUGUAAUGAUAUUAGUCCAGGGGUUUCCGCUUUUAAAAAAAAACGGAAUCUGGAUUUUUCGUAAAAAACGCAGAUAAUAUAUUGUUUUUUUUUUUUACACAAAAACACCGAUGUUUUGAUCAUCUUUAACUUGACUUUUUACAAGUAAUUAUUAUAUACGGUAUUUCGAAUAAACAAAGGAUAUUUGAUGGCUUUUCCUCAACCGAAUUCAAGAGAACUCCAGAAUCGCAAAAUAUUGGAAGAACUGCAGCUGAAGAAGCAAAUGCUCCUGAAGCAGGGCGCAGCGCCAUCCUUGGGAACGCCAUUAGCCGCACCAUCAGCAACAUCGGCAACGAGUUUAGUGCCACCGGUAACGGCGGAUGGAGUCGCUGCCAUAAGUGCUUCGCAACGGGCUGCGCUGCACAACGCGCAUGCUGCAUCAGCUGGUUAUUUCGUAACGCAGGAUUCUUCUUUUGGGAAUUUGAUUCUCCCAGUUUUGCCGCGCUUCGACGGCAAAUGA